AUGCUUUCCUUUAAUAUUUGGCAGGCCAGAAGAAUGUUUGAGGGAGAAAUGGCAAGUUUGGAAGCCAUCUUGAAAACUCAGACAGUAAAAGUGCCUAAACCCAUUAAAGUUAUAGACCUGCCUGGGGACAGGACUCUCUUUGUGAUGGAACAUUUGGAAAUGAGAGGCUUAAACAGACAUUCAGCAAAGCUUGGAACACAGCUGGCCGAUCUUCACCUUCAUAACCAGCAACUUGGAGAGAAGAUGAGGAAAGAAGAGAGCACAGUUGGUAAAGGUCAAGGGCAAAUGGAAGUCCAGUUUGUGGAUCAAUUUGGCUUUCAUACAGUUACCUGCUGUGGCUAUCUUCCACAGGUGAAUGACUGGCAGAAUGACUGGGUGACUUUCUUUGCCACGCAAAGAAUCCAGCCCCAGAUGGACAUGAUCGAAAAGAAUUCGGGAGACAGGGAAGCAAGAGAACUUUGGGCACAACUUCAGCUGAAGAUACCCAGUUUGUUCUGUGACAUGGAAAUUGUUCCUGCUCUCCUGCAUGGAGAUCUCUGGGGAGGAAAUGCAGCUGAGGAUGAUUCUGGGCCAGUUAUCUUUGACCCUGCUUCCUUCUACGGCCAUUCAGAGUACGAGCUUGCAAUAGCUGGGAUGUUCGGUGGCUUCAGCAGUUCUUUUUACUCUGCUUAUCACAGUAAAAUUCCCAAAGCUGCAGGGUUUGAGAAGCGCCUAAAGCUUUAUCAGCUUUUUCACUACAUGAACCAUUGGAACCAUUUUGGCACAGGGUACAGAGGGUCUUCUCUAAACAUUAUGAGAAACCUUAUCAAGUGA